GCGGCGGCGGGCGGGCAGGGGCGGCGCGCGGGGCUCUUGGCGCUGUGCAGUGCCCGCAGCCCGGGCAGCUGUGCUGCCCCGCUCCGCCGCCCGCUCCCGGCCGCCGCCGCCAUGGGCAGUGGGGCUGCCCCGUUCCGUCGCCUGCUGCUCUCGCUCCUACUUCUGCCCGCCGCGGGGCCGGGCGGCCGGGGCGGCGCGCUGGCGGCCCAGGAGCCGGAGACGGCGGAGGAGCAGAUGGAGUACCGCGACCCCUGCAAAGCCGCUGCCUUUUGGGGAGAUAUCGCUUUAGAUGAAGAUGAUUUGAAGCUCUUUCAAAUAGACAGAACUGUUGACUUAACAAAGCACUCAGAUGGCAACGCAAGACACACAUCAGGAGGUCUGGGAGAGCAGUCUCUUGUGCCAAGCGAGAACACCACUUCUGUGGAGCGUAGUAGCAAAGCAGUUAAAAAGGACGGCAGGCAGAAUGCAACGCUUGUGAGGAGACCGAAGAAGAAGGAGUAUAAUGAUGAGUCUGGGAUGGAUACACACUCCUCUCCCAGAGUACGCAGGGCAACCACAUCCAGGGCUGAGAGGAUCUGGCCAGGGGGGGUCAUCCCCUAUGUGAUCGGAGGAAAUUUCACUGGAACCCAAAGAGCUAUCUUUAAGCAAGCUAUGAGGCACUGGGAGAAGCACACCUGUGUGACGUUUGUGGAGAGAACUGAUGAAGAGAGUUUCAUUGUAUUUACAUACAGAACAUGUGGAUGCUGCUCAUAUGUGGGUCGCCGAGGAGGGGGUCCUCAGGCCAUAUCCAUUGGAAAGAACUGUGACAAGUUCGGUAUUGUGGCUCAUGAGCUGGGUCAUGUGGUUGGUUUCUGGCAUGAGCACACACGGCCUGACAGGGACCAGCAUGUCACAAUCAUCAGAGAGAACAUACAGCAAGGUCAGGAAUACAACUUUUUAAAGAUGGAAGCUGGGGAAGUGAACUCUCUGGGAGAGACCUAUGACUUUGACAGCAUCAUGCACUAUGCUAGGAACACAUUUUCAAGAGGGGUUUUCCUCGACACCAUCCUUCCCCGUCGUGAUGAUAACGGGAUCCGGCCAACUAUUGGUCAGCGUAUUCGCCUGAGUCAGGGAGACAUCGCUCAGGCAAGGAAGUUGUACAAGUGCCCAGCUUGUGGAGAGACCUUGCAGGACACAACAGGGAAUUUCUCAGCCCCUGGCUUUCCAAAUGGUUACCCUUCCUAUUCCCACUGUGUCUGGAGAAUCUCAGUGACCCCAGGGGAGAAGAUUAUGUUAAACUUCACAUCAAUGGACCUGUUUAAAAGUCGCCUUUGCUGGUAUGAUUAUGUUGAGGUGCGUGAUGGCUAUUGGAGGAAGGCUCCAUUACUGGGUAGAUUUUGUGGCGACAAGAUCCCCGAACCGGUAAUUUCCACAGACAGCAGGCUGUGGAUCGAGUUCCGGAGCAGCAGUAACAUCCUAGGCAAAGGUUUCUUUGUGGUCUACGAAGCCAUUUGUGGAGGAGAAAUUCACAAAGAUGCUGGCCAAAUCCAAUCUCCCAAUUACCCGGACGACUACAGAUCUUCCAAAGAGUGCAUCUGGAAGAUCACAGUUUCUGAGGGCUUUCACAUAGGAAUCACAUUCCAGGCCUUUGAGAUCGAAUGGCAUGACACGUGUUCUUAUGACUACCUGGAGAUCCGAGAUGGCCUCACUGAAUACAGCCCAUUGAUCGGUCACUUCUGUGGCUAUGAGAAGCCGGAAGAUGUCAAAUCCAGCUCAAAUAAAGUAUGGAUGAAGUUUGCAUCAGAUGCAACUAUCAAUAAAGCAGGCUUUGCAGCAAAUUUCUUUAAAGAAAUGGAUGAAUGUUCUCUGCCAGACAAUGGUGGGUGUGAGCAGCUCUGUGAGAACACACUGGGCAGCUACAAGUGUACCUGUGAUCCUGGCUAUGAGCUGACUGCUGAUAAGAGGAGCUGUGAAGCUGCCUGUGGGGGCUUCAUCACCAAGCUCAAUGGGACCAUCACUAGCCCUGGAUGGCCCAAGGAAUAUCCUACUAACAAAAACUGCGUCUGGCAGGUGGUAGCUCCAGCCCAGUACCGGAUCUCUCUGCAGUUCGAAGUGUUUGAGCUGGAAGGCAAUGAUGUCUGUAAAUAUGACUAUGUUGAGGUUCGCAGUGGGUUGGCUUCUGACUCCAAACUGCACGGCAAAUUCUGUGGGUCAGAGAAGCCUGAAGUAAUCACAUCAUAUGGCAACAACAUGAGACUGGAGUUCAAAUCAGACAACACAGUCUCCAAGAAAGGGUUCAAAGUUCACUUCUUCUCUGACAAGGACGAAUGCUCCAAAGAUAAUGGUGGCUGCCAGCACGAAUGUAUCAACACCUUUGGGAGCUAUGUAUGCCAUUGCAGAAAUGGGUUCCUGCUGCAUGAAAAUGGCCAUGAUUGCAAAGAAGCUGGUUGCGAGCACAAACUGAGCAGCACAGAGGGAAUGAUGAGCAGUCCAAACUGGCCUGACAAGUACCCUAGCCGGAAAGAGUGCACCUGGAAUAUCUCUGCAACACCUGGCCACCGAGUGAAAGUAACUUUCAAUGAGUUUGAGAUCGAACAACACCAGGAAUGUGCCUAUGACCACUUAGAAAUAUAUGAUGGGCCCAACAGCAAGUCACCUAUCCUUGGCCGUUUCUGUGGCAGCAAGAAACCAGAGCCUGUGGUGGCUUCUACUAACAAGAUGUUCCUCAGGUUUUACUCUGAUGCUUCUGUACAAAGAAAAGGCUUCCAGGCAAAGCACAGCACAGAGUGUGGUGGCCUCUUAAAGGCUGAAGUACAAACUAAGGAGCUGUAUUCCCAUGCUCAGUUUGGGGACAACAACUACCCAGGACAGUCCAACUGUGACUGGGUGAUUGUAGCUGAAGAUGGGUAUGGGGUGGAGCUGAUAUUCCAGACAUUUGAGAUCGAGGAGGAGGCUGACUGUGGGUAUGACUACAUGGAGAUCUACGAUGGUUACGACAGCACCGCACCCCGCCUGGGACGCUUCUGUGGCUCAGGGGAAGAGGAUUUCUUGGGGAACCUACCAACCAUGUUUUCUAGGAGGCCCGCUGCUGCCAACCUGCCCAGAACAGUAGGACUGAAUUUGUCUGAAGCCUUUGGAAGAAAUCUACUCUGCAGGGGAUUCCAUCAUGAUUCGAUUCCACACAGAUGACACCAUCAACAAGAAAGGCUUUCAUGGCCGAUACAUAAGUACCAAAUUUCAGGAUGCACUGCACAUGAGAAAGUAGUUUGACUGCUCCUCACAGACAUUCCCCGUCUGAAGACUGAGACAUUUAACUGUGAUCUUUGUUUUCUUUUUCUUUUUUUUUUUUUUUAAGCUCCUGUACGCCUGGCCAAAAGCAGUGUACAGUAUUUUCUGUAACUAAAACUAAAUCCAGUUCAAAGGUUUGCCUCUGAAAAAAUUAGCAUGACCUUUCUCUUGCUAACAUACCCAGGACCAAAAAUUGUCUUCUAAUCACACCUGCCAGGGCAUAAAUCUUGUAUUUUGCACAGUUUGCCAUGGACUGAGUGAAGACUGAGUUUGAAUUGAAAAAAAGCCUUAGUCUCUUGCAUGUCCUAUUUCUAGGUGACGUUUCCUAAGCAUCCUGUACACAUGAACUGUCUGAACACAUCUUCUGGAGCAGAUGAUGUGGGCAACCACCCAGUAGGAUUUUCUCAAUGGACCUUUGGGGCUACCCACUGUCCCUACCAGCCCAAAAUACUCUGUGCAAUAAAUCAGCAACCAGAUUCCGUGACUCCAGAUUCCGUGACUCCAGAUUCCGUGACUCCUUCUGUCCCAUCUAUUUAUUGUCUUGGUUAUUGUGUGUGUAGACAGGUAGGCAGGGACAUGGGGAGGUUCUCUUUAGGGCUGCUAUCUACUUUGGACCAAGAUCAACAAGAAGUGCCCAGCACCUGAUUUGCAGUAAUUGUCAUGGUACAUGUUGAAUGGAAGCAUUUCAAUGCAGUGGCCGAGGGAAAGGCUGUGGCUGAUGGGGAAGUGCUGUGGUGGGAGUCAGGGCACACUUAGCUACUGGAGCACUCAAAGUCUGGUCCCUUUACUCUGCCAUGACAAGGCAGCUCAGAUGACUGUGGCAACAGUGCAGGCCUUAUCUUAAAUAAAAAAAACUUCCUUGAUCACUCCACCCUCUUUGCUUUCCCAGCCUACUUUAUGCUCCUUCCUUCCCACUCGUCUGUUUUUCCCUAGUGUUACUUCCUCGUAAGUCCUCCCUUCUCUUGGCUGGCUGCUCUUCCCAGAGUUCCCCACAGCAACUGUAGAGCUCUCUGCCACAUCACCUAGCAGAGCAUCUCGCAGGAGGACAUGCCAGGUCAGAGUUGGUCAGAAUAUCUCAGCACUGUGUCACUCGCUAGUCCUCAGGCAGAGGGGCACAGGCUGUACUAGAGGUCAGUUCUGCUGAGCCCUGGGAACCUGUUGAGCAUGUGCAUGCCCAAGCCAUGGGACUAGGAACAGGAGAGCUCCCCUGGUUUCUGCUUUCUCUCCAGUCUUUGCUGAGCCGUGGCCCAGUCUCUUGACAUCAUUGCAAGUCUGUAACCCAGACAUGCAAGCAAAAUGGUGACUUAAGCACUUUGAGCUGUAAGGCUGAGACAUGCUGUAUGUUACAGUUAUUUAUGUACAUGGAAACUACCGAGCCACGGGCUUGCAAAAUUAACAGCUAUCUUGGCAUUUCUUUGGGAAAAAGUAGGGAAAACUUUUGUUUUUGUUCCCCUUCUGGGAAACUGCUGUAAUUGUGCUGUCGUUAUGGGGAAAAAAAGAAGGAAAAAAAGGCUUUAUUCUGAAUGGCAUUUCAUUAAGGCACUCAUGGGCAAUUAUGAGCUAAAAGCUGAGGUAUGUUAGCUUUAAUAAAGUAUUUAUAAUCCAAGGAUUACUAUGUUUACAUAACCAAUGUACUGUCAGGCUCCAGGGUGACACCUCCUCCUCUGGUGUAUGACCGUGGGAAAAUGUGGGGCGGCACCAGUGUCGGGCACAAAUGACAUUCUUGGAGAUGAGGGCAUUUCUGGAGGGAUAAUAAAUAGACCCCAGCCCUUUCCACAAGUUCUUAAACAGAAUAUGGUCCAAUUAUUGUGAAUACUAGGGGAAGCAAAUGCUUGAAAAUAUUUUCUUGCUUAGAACGAGAAAAAAAAGUAAUUUAUUCACAUGCGCGCGCACACACACACACACACACACAAUUAUAUGUAUAUAAAAUCUGCAUGUAGAAGACCAGUAGUCAAAGCCUUAAUAAGCGUCAUGUGAACAAUACUGUACCAUUGACCAUAGCUUUAUUGCAGGCUGUACAAAACCAUAUUACUUCUGCUUGGUUUUUUUUUUAAGUUUUGUUUUGCUUCUCUUUUAAAAUUUUAUAGCCUUCUUUUUAUAGGCAAGGCUUUUGAUCUUUUGCUGUUUGACAACACAGGUCUGGGGAAGUGAGCUCUGCUAGAUGGGGUCUGCUUUUGUCCCUCUCUUACUCGCCCCCAUUCAAGCAAAAUCAGAGUAACUGAGGGCCAGAAAUAAAAUCAUGACAUUUGUGUUCUCUGUGAAACAGAAGGAAAGUUUCAUUGGCAAGCAGCAUUUAGAUUUCCUGGCCCUCUAAUGGGAGUAAUUACUCUGGAGAAAAGUUACUUCAGAAGCUUCCUGUGUACUUUAACAUCUUUGUUUCACAUUCUGAAAAUUUCUCAUCUUGCUCAGUCUUUGGAUUGUAUACUCUGGUUUGUUGCAGAUGCUUGCAAUGUGGUUUGACAGAUCUGUUGCGUUUGUUAGCAUUCAAACAGAUGUCUCGUGACAGUGUAUUCACAGCUGUUGUACUCCACAUGUCAACCAAUGAUCUAUGUAGAACAUUUCUGCUGUACCAACUGGGCUUAACCAUCAAUAAUUCGAAUGCGUGAAAAUUACUUAAGAAAAAGAAAAAAUUGUCAGACUCUUUAAGGUGUGUGUACAUAUUCUGGUCUUUCUGUGGUUUUACAUUUCACUGAAUAAAAUCAUUUUUUAAGAGGGGGAAGAGAGGAGGAUGUGGGGGCAAUCCCAAAUGUACCUAUGCCCAGAAUGAGUCUCUGCAUUCAUUAAAGACUGUGGAUUCAGUUGCA